GCUUGCCCGAGCAACGAGGAAUGCCGGGAAAUCGUCUGGCUGCUGCGGCGAGUGAUCUGCGUUCCCAAUCGGCGAAAAGUUUCCGUAGUCUGGUCGAGCCCCUCGACGAUAAUGUAAUGAUCGUUUCCGACCACCAGCGUGCAUCCGACGAGCAUGGAAGGAGACGUGAAUGGCACCAAGACACUUUUAUUCAGGAGCGAGUGCUUCACUUCGUCGACGGCCGAUGGCGAGCCUCCGCGAAAGCGCCAGCGGACUUCCGAGGACUUCAUCUCGUUCUGCAAGUUCAUCCUCGAGUACGAGAACUACGAGAGCAUCAAGCAGGAGGAACUUCAAGAGAAAGACGCGGUCAGCCCUUCCGACAGCUCGGCGGACAGCGUCGACAGCGUCAAGCAAGAAGACAGCGAGCAAGUUGGCAAAACCUUGGGCUGCCCUGCCGCGCCACCCGAACGUGCCACUGUGCAGCCCGCAAUGAGCCACGUGCUGUUAAUGCAGUCCGACGGCUUGCGAGGGGGCUCCUUGUCCGAGGUUACCACGCUGGCGGACGACGACUCUCACGACCUGAUCACCUGCUUUUGCCUGAAGCCGUUUGCCGGGCGGCCCAUGAUUGAGUGCUCCGAGUGCCUCACCUGGAUCCACCUGUCGUGCGCCAAGAUUCGGCGCAACAACAUUCCCGAUGAGUUCACCUGCCAGCGCUGUCGCGAGGCCAAGCACACGACGAGGCGCUCGCAGCGGAUACGUGCGGGCGGCACGACGCCGCCUCAGCGGCGAAGGCCCUCGACGUGACAGUGUUGACGACGACCGUGUGUGUGCGUGACGGUGCGGACCUCACGGGAUUUGGGGGGGGUGCGCCGCCACGUGCCGGCACUCUAGUCUUCUGCUCGGGCCUCCCGGUGACCGCUGUACAGACUCGCGGUGUGCCUCGGGGCGCGUUCCUUUGCCUCCCCCACGGGGGCAGGCCUCUCUGUGUGGGGGGGUGGUGACCCAGUGUGUGUGGCUGAGAUAAAGAGCUUGGCUGUUUGG